AUGUCUGAUAUUGUGUUGGUGACAGGAUUCGGCCCCUUCCAGGACCACAAAGUAAAUGCCAGUUGGGAAGCAGUGAAAUUGUUACCAGCCAAUGUUGAUGGUAUGGACAUAGUCAUACAAGAAAUUCCUGUGGUGUAUGACCAUGUAGAAUCUAAAGUGCCCUCACUGUGGAAAGAAUACAAUCCAAAUUUAGUGAUACAUGUUGGAGUCUCGUCCCUGGCAGAGAAACUAACAAUAGAAACUUGUGCAUAUCGUGAUGGGUACAUAAAAGGAGAUUGUACUGAUACUUGUCAUUCUACUGGUACAGCCUCUUGUGAAGGGGAUGCAUGUAUCUUUACAGGGAUAGAUGUGAGGGAUAUCAGUGACAAAUUGAACCAUUCAGGAAAAAUACUGACUUGUGUGUCCCAGGAGGCAGGAAGAUAUCUAUGUGAAUUCACUUACUACACUUCCUUGAACAUCAAUCCUUCUAGGACACUUUUUGUCCAUGUUCCACCAUUAGAGAAGCCCUAUACAGCUUCAGAAUUGGCUGAUGGUAUUUUAGAAGUCAUUAAAUUAGCUCUUAAACAACUGAGGAAAGAUGAUGGUAAAUCUUUGAGAUUGGAUGCUGCUAGUUAACACUUUAUCAAACUGAUGAUGUACCUGCCUAUUAAUUAAUUUUUGUUUAUUCAUGUGUAAAUAGGGGAAGGAAUAUUGCUCCUUAUUCAAUUUAUUGAUUUAUUCAAUGCAUAAUGCAUCUAGGAUACUAUUUGGAUGCCCAAUUUUAUUUCACCUUCUGAACACAAUG